AUGGCUGCUGCUGCCGAAUUUAAAUGGGACAAUGCUGAUGUCAAGAAAAAGUGGGAUGCCUUCACGAAAUUCGGAGCUGCGACGGCUACCGAAAUGACUGGGAAAAACUUCGACAAGUGGUUGAAAGAUGCUGGUGUUUUGGACAACAAAACUAUUACCGGCACUAUGACUGGAAUUGCUUUUAGCAAAGUUGCAGGGUGAGAAUUUUUCCGAAUUUGAAGUUAAAAGUUCACAAAUAGCACGCGAGAAAAUAUUUGAAUAAUACACGAAUUACAAUUUUCAGACCAAAGAAGAAGACAACAUUUGAAGAAACUAAAAAAGUUCUUGCUUUUGUCGCGGAAGAUCGUUCGAGACAAUCGAAGAAACCACUUCAAGAAGAACUCAAUUUGAUAACUGAGAAACUCUCAAAACUUGAGGCUCCAAGUACUGGAAAUGCUGCGAAAGCAAAUGCCGGUGGAGUUUAUAGUCGACUCACUGACCAUACAAAAUAUACCGGUGCUCACAAAGAAAGAUUCGAUGCUGAAGGAAAGGGAAAAGGAAAAUCUGGACGUGACGAUGCCCAAGAUAAUACUGGAUAUGUUGGAGCUUAUAAAAACAAAGACACUUAUGAUAAAACCCAUUAA